UGCUCAGAAUUGCUUGAGUUUCCUCUACGGAGUUGCAUUGGUUCUACGUGGCAAGAAAAGGCGCAUGCGCAGAAUGUGUUAUACUACGUUUGAAUUGCAAAUGGCGGUUAGUUUGCUUUACCGAGAGGGUGGCUAAUUUAAAAUUGUUAAAAAUAAUUAUAAAAAAAAUUGUAUUUAAUUUUGCUUUUUGCUUUUAUUUUGAAGCAGGAGAGACUGCCUGCAAUCGUAGGGCUAAGUUAACAUUGUUGGGCCAGCUUAAAAGAAUCUUAAUGAAGCGUAAUUCAGAUUUUGCUUAUUCAUAUGAUGAAAUGCAUGGUUGUACAGGAUGAAGGUAAGAUUAUUUGUAUAUCUUGGCAUUAUAUGUGUAUUUCUGCUUUUUGUUACCAUAAUAAAUUGUUCUUUUGUUGGUGAAAGUUCCCAGACAAUCCAAGCUCUUUGUUCAAGCAACAGGUAUAUAUAUAACUUGGAGCCAGAAGUAAAUCAUCAACUGAAACUAAUAUCAAGUAAUUCAACUGGACAGAUCAAUAAAUGGUACCAUAAAUCUAAACGAAGGUGUCUCAAAGAAUUUAAAACUAAUAAUGGAGCCUCACAUUUUUCAAUUGUUAUAUCUAACAUGUCAAUUCCAAGCUGUUCUGAUAAAUGCCAUUGCAAUUACUUUGAAAUAGCGGAACUUGGACACAAAGAGAAGUUCUGUGGAGUUAAGAAAGAUCCUUUUUAUUUUGAAUCGAAAAAUGGCUAUUUAUCAAUUGAUUUUCACUCUACCCAAUCUAUGCAAUUUGAAGUCACCUUAAAUAUCAAAGUGAAAAGGAAUACUUAUAUCAUAACUGGUGUACCAAAAGAAGGUUAUCGCUCUGGUCAAUAUAUAGAAACACCAUAUUUUCCAGAGUUAUAUCAGUUUGAUUAUAUUGCAGAGUAUGUAUUACAGUCUGAUUUUUCAGAUGGCCAUGUAAUGCUCAUGUUUAUUGAUUAUCAAAUAGCUCGUGAAUCUUUUAUAGAGAUUGUUGGCCAUAAUGGAACACAUCCUGCAAGGUAUAAUGGUGAUAUCUUCAGACCACCUGUUAUCAUAUCACAAAAUCAUCAGUUAAACUUGCGAUUUGAAGCUAAUAAUCAAGUGAAACCUGGGUUCAGAGCUAUUUGUUUCUUCAUUAAGGAUCCUGAUUUAAAAGCCAGAAAACACUAUACUAAUUGUGGAGGAUCAAAAUAUAAAUUAGGAGGUGUUCUGACCAUUGAUAUUCAUGCUAAUCAUGACUAUUAUGAUUGUCUGUGGAAUCUCUCCCCACAUAUUGCAACAUUUGAGCAAACAUCUUUUUUUCUAUUCAUAUCAAAUAUAUCUCUGGAGAAUAUUGGACCUAAUACUACUUUGGAAUUUAGAGAAGGUCUCAACUCUAAAUCUAAACUUGUUAAAAGUAUUAAUUGUAAUAAUGGAAGCUGUGACCUGAUUCCAACAGAAAUAACUGUUCCUGCAUUAACAGGCCUCUAUAUCCGAUUCAAUGGUUUCUUAAAUCCAGCUUCAGUGUUUAAAAUGGUCUAUGGCACAUAUCGAACUGGAAAUUGUAGCAAAGAUGAAGUAUUUUGUAAUGAACGAUGUCUUCUGACAGCACUACGAUGUGAUGGCAUUGAACAGUGUCCUGAUGGCAGGGAUGAAGAACAGUGUACUUCUUCUUCCAUAGUUUUAUCCACAACUCCUCGUUCAGUUGCUCCAAAACUGAGGUUAUUGUCUGAAAAUGCUGUAGCUUCUUUUUGGGUUAUGUUUUCAAUUGGCGUUUGUGGAAUUGUGAUUUUCAUUUUGGUUAUGAUUUUUGCUAUCUACAGACAUCUUAAGGCUGCUCGCUCGCCUUCCAACACAAUAGAGCAACCUGAAGUAGGAAGAGAAUUAUCAGGUCCUUUACCCAAUGUUUGUUCAAGAAUUUCCAGCUGCUUCGAUCAGCCUCCCUCUUACGAAGACUUCAUUCAAGCGGCUGAUUGUUAUCCUCCUCUGCUGUACACCAGGGCAGCCAAGAGGAAUUCCGAACCUUAUUGUCGACUUCAUACCACCAGCUUUUGUGGGAAGGAUACACUAAGGCACAACUCGAUUCACUCUUUCAGCAACCAUAGUUCUGAUACCAGCAGCACUGAAGAGUCCUCAUUGUUUCCAGAACCUGGUUGUUCUUUUGGCCAAAGUAAUAUCAAAUGGACUUUCGAGAAUUCCCAUCCUAGAAACCAGACAUCUAGUUCCUUGAAAAGGGCCACCUCAUUUGAUUCCAAUUUGAAUAACAUGUCAGAUUCGAAUAACUGUCAUGUUCAUUUGUUUAUCACCCAUUCCAUGAGACCUCAGGCAGUUGUCUCCAAGCAUAAUUCCUUGCCUACUCGAUUUAAAAUAAAUGAGCUUAAACCUCAUGAAAUAGACAUAACGUUCCAAACUGUUGUUCCAGGUUUGCAAUGUAAUAAAGAACGGCGUUUCUCCUCUUGUAUUGUUUACCAUGAUUCUUCUGUUGUAAGGUCAGAAAUAAUGACCACUAUUAAAGCAAGGUGCUUUAGUGAUCCUUGUAAAACGCAAUGUUGAUUAGUUUAUUUUUUUUAUGAACAGUUCUGUUAAUUAUGAAAAGUGAGAGCUAAUUUUUUUUUUUCUUUGGAAAUAAUAAGUAAUUCCUUCUUUUCUUUUUGAUACUGUGCAAUUUAAGUUAAUUGGCAGUAAAACUAAUGCUCUUGAGUAAGGCAUCUUUUGAUAAUUUUUAAUGAAUUUGUUAUUCCAAAGGAGGAAAAUUUUCCUAAAGAACCAGUUUAAUAUUUAUACAGAGCUUUCGUUAUAAUGUUGCUAUUUAAAAGCGUUUCUUCUAUGAAGUUAUGCAGAUAUGUUAUUAAAAAUUGUUUCUAAUUUAAAAAUAACAUUUAUAUUAAAAGUAAUAAAGAACUUUUUCAUUAUUGAAUUUGUGAAAUGAUUUGGAAAAUCAAGUCAGCUAUUUAUUUAGAGAUGUGAAAUAUGUAUGUUGAUUUUUAUGGGAUGCAGAAAUGCUGUUUAUAAAUUUGCAUGUGCUUAUCAUUAACUCAUUGUUUACUAAAUAUUUGUUUAUGUUCCUAUUUCUCAUUUACUAAUUGAUACUAAUAAAUUUGCUAUUUGUUUGUUGGAUUUAAUGAAUUUAAAUGAUGGACAAUCUUGUUGAAACUUUUAUAUUGGUAUUGAAAAAUAUCAUAUAUGCCCAGUUUCAUGUAAAUUCAAGAAGAGCCGUUUUUCAACUCAGUUUUAUUUUAAACAUUUUAUCACUGGAUUAUUUUGAUAAGUUAGUCUUUUUAAGUUCGACUAAAUACAAAAUGUUCAUUUGUUGUAAAAAUAUCUAUAUUUAAAAAGCAUGCAUGUAAAAUUUGUUUUAUUAAAUUUUUUGAUAAAGUAUUUUUUUAAUUGUGAACAAGUAGUUGGAGCCUAAAAACUACUUAUAAAAUUAAUUCAAAAUUAACUCUAUCCUUUAUUCCAAAGUAUCAUUGACUAUGGAACAUUAUUUAUGUGUAAACAGCAGAUAAUAUUGUGAAUUUUUCACUUUAUAUAAUGUGGAUUUUGUUUUAUUCCUUAUAUGUUGGAGUUUUAUUUUGUGUUAUUAUUUGUGCAUGUAAUGUGAUUUUGCAAUCAUCUUUUUAAAAUUCUAUAAUCUGUCAACUUUUUUGGAGGUGCUGAAUAGCUAAAUUUUUAAGCAUUUUGACUUGUUGCUCCGUGUAGUUUUGUUUUUAGUUCAGCUUGUCAGUUUUUAUAUUUCUUAAUAAUAAAAAUUUCCUUUAUAUUUUCUGAAAGCUUAUUGAUAUAAAGAGUUUCCUCGGUUUAUUUCUUUGACAAGCAUGCCAGAACUGUAUAAAGAGAUUAUUUUUUUAUUAAAGGUGAUAAGAUACUAAUUUAUAAUCAGCAUUUUAAAUAUUAGAAGAUAAAAUUCUUCAACUGCUAGUUGUCUUUUAUUUUUGCAUGUAUCUGUAGCUUAUUACAUUUAUUAAUGUAUAUCAGAAGCAUUGGUUACAACCUAAAAUUUGUUCCAAGUGAAAAAUCAACUUAUAAAAUUGAUAUUACUUUGAAUUUGUUUUGAACUGAACUCGAUUUCUGAUAACUAUCUUGCAACAUGGUUUUGUUAAUAUUUAUGCCAUUUUCAGAAGAAUGUCAGCAUAUAUAUUUAUGUAAUACAUACAGAUAAAUGUUAAUUAAGAUUUUCAAAAAGCAAACAAUUGCUAUAUUUUUAUCUGUAAAAAUUGUUAGAAAAUCGCCAUGACUUAAAAAAAAGGGUACAGUUUCCUGCCAAGUAUGCAAAACUCGUGCCGACCAUUUUGAAACUCACCAAUUUGGUUGGCUACAAGAUUGUCAUGAUUACUAGAUUUGGCGACAGAUUGUCAAAGCUUUGGCGGCCGAAAGGUGUUCUUUAGUUCGAGUCGAAUAUUGCUGAUAAUAUCCUAAUAAAAUGAUCCAUAAUUUAAAAAAAAAAAAAAAAAUCACGAUUUUCUACUAGGCAGCAAAUGUUGCUAUUCUUAAAUAGUAUGAAAGCUUUUGAUUAUUUCAUGGCAUCAAGUUUCUGCCUUUGGUAAAUUAAGCACAUUUACUGGUUAUUGUUGAAUUAAUAGGGAAAUGUUUCCUAUUAAACGUAGCUAUUCAAGCUACAUUAAAUUAAUGUUACAUCACUAUUUUGUUGUUUUCAUUUAUUUUAUUGUUCGUGUGGACUUCAAUGUAAAGAAAUUUUUUUAUGCUCGUAAGCGAACUUUCAGUUAGUAAAUAUAGUCCUUUUUAAGAUUUAGAUAUUACUUAGUUGCUUUCUUUAAGUAAUUGUAUGUUUUCACUGAUAUUUUCCCCUAUUGUACUAUUCAU